AUGCCGAAGCACAGAAACCAGCGACUCGAUGCCGAUCAAGAGGGCGAUGAGAGCACAACUGGUAGCGGCAACGGUAACGAUUCGAAUCGGAACAGAAAUCAGAAGAAUGGAAGAGCCGAGCCUCACUACGAUGAGGUGAGAAGCAACGGAGGCACUUCCAUGGCUACGUCGCAGGCCCCAAAUGUGAGCCUCGCUACCACCACCACCAAGAAUACCAUUCGGCAGAUGAGAGACUUGGUUAGCCUGUAUGAGUUGAACGUCCAAGCAAUCGAGGAGGCCGAGACCAACCGCCAAAAGAUUGUGACACUAGAACUGCUAUGCCAAUCCAAAGAUGCAGAGCUUAGGAAACACAAGAUCACGGUCGAAACUCUCGGAGCUUUCAACGAUGAGAAAGAUGCAAGGCUCCGAGAAGAGAGGGACCAUGUCAAGAGGGAAAGAGAGGUGAUCGAAAUGGAGCGGGAAAAGCUCGAGAGGGCCAAACAGAAUGAGAAGAAGAGAAAAGAGAUGAACGAGGCCAUACAAGCAGCAGAACUAGAAAAAGAGCGGAAGAAGCUUGCAGCAGACCAAGAAAAGAGUUUCAAAAGCCUUCGAGAAGGCUUGGAGCAGCAAUGCCUCCAAAAAGUUAACAGUAGCAAGAAGGAGCUUUCAGACUUGGAAUCCAAGAACAAAGAGCUUCGAGCAGCUCUCCAGACACAGCAUACCCAGAUACAGAAAUGCGAAGAGCAGUUGAAGCUGACCCGGACCAGGUGCGAGGAUUCCGAGCUUGCCAAGGAAGCACUGAAGAAGAGAGAGCACAUGUUGAAAGCAGAACUGGAUGGCAGGAAGGUUGAGUUCGGACUGACGACCAAGUCGCCCGAAUUCUUUCGGGAGAAAUUCGCCGACCUGGCAAAUCAAGUCAAGUCGGUAUCCGAGCAGUUUUGCCUGGAUCUGGUGCAACGGGAACAGGAAUGGAAACCGAUCCACGACAAGCUUACAGAGCUGGACGCGUGCUUCGCUUCGGUCCCAAUCUCGGAGAGUGACGACUCGAAGAUGCUUCGCACCGCUCACGUUCGACGUCUCAUCUCAUCUAAACUGCACAAGAUCAUCCUGCAACCGUUCUCCUCGGACAUGAACAGCCAAGGAGAUAAUAAAGCGUCCGUCGAGCUGCUUCGUAAAAUCAUGGUUUCCUUGAGCGAAUGCGGUCCCGGCACUGGCAGGCACGCAGCAACAGUCUUCAGAACCCUUGCCAUUCACGGUCUGCAGUGCAAGCGCGCCGAUCAUACUGGCACGUCGGACCACCCUCCGAGAUUGUAUGCUGCACGCGCAGAAGCGUUUAUCCAGUCUGUGAUGCCGGUUCUGUCUCUACUCACCCCAGGAACCCAACAGCCAGCUCUGAAGGAUGCGCUGGUCUCCCUCGCAGAAUCUGCAAUCUCGGUCUGGGAGCUUGCUCAGACCGAUGAGAACUUGGACAUCACGGUAUCGCUGGAUCUCAACCCUUCGCUCGAGGCAAAAUGGCGUUCGUCGGAGUUCGACGCGGGUGCCACUCCGGACGCCUGGGUACCCUCGACACUUCGUCGCAUCUUCACCCUCUUCCCAACCGUUCUGGCCAAGACGGCCUCGGCCGCUGAGGAUCCAGCUAUGAGUAUCCCAGGAGGAUUCGAGCAGUCGGGCCCAGAGAUGGUCUGGCAGGAAAUCUGCAUCCAUGAUGGUAUCGGCCUGGCUGAAAGUUCGGCGCUGGUUUGGCGGGGGAAAGAGGAGCAAGAGCAGAGGGAGGAGGAUGAGGUACAGGAGAGACUGAAACGUGAGAUAGAGGAUAAGAGGAGGGAGCUAGAUGUUCGGGGCAAGGCGAAGUCGCAGAAGACUGGCUCGGUCUCGGUCUCAGUCUCGGGUCCAUCAUCGUCUCCAAGCUCGAGUUGGAGCAUGGCUGGUGGAAAUAGGACGUCGCCCGAGGAGUGA